AAACGUCAGUUUAGUACUGCAGCUUGAGCUGGGUGACCGACGAGUGCGUUUCCGUUAUCAUUUAUAAUUCCGCACUUUCACCGUAUUUCCAUUAUUUAUUAAUUUUAUGAAUAUUCGGGUCGUGUUAAGUUCAGUGUAAAUUACAAUAAUUAAUACCCAAACUGUGUGUUUAUAAAGUGGGCACAACAUUUUUUUUUUGCUGAACUGUCUGGUUUUUAUGUGCAAAUUUUCACCCUUUUUUGGCACAAGAUAUUUGAAAGCCAAUAUCGAAGAAUUAUAAAGAUGACCUCCGCUCAGAUGAACAAGCAACUUGCAAGCUCGUAAGGAAAAUGGGCCACUUCCAUAGAGCACCGUCCUUACAUUACAUACACCAGGCCUCCGGAACGGGUUGGGUGCCUAUGCGUUGAUGGGAGGCGCGGGUGGCGGAGGCCGGGCGGCGCGCGCUCUGCGCCUGCUACUUCUCCUGGUGCUGACCCUCGCCGCCGUCGAGUACCUCUUUGGCUCCAUACUCGACGCCUCGCCGCUUAGGACCUAUCUCCACACACCUGUGUAUAACGCUACUCAAUCUACGAUCAAAGCCAGCGAAAAACAGCCUUGGCCUAAACUACCUCUACAAAACUCAACUCACAAUACUCCUAUAAAUACUAUAAGCCAGAACAAUACCCUGAAUAUGACUCGACGAAAUGAGACUGAGCUGAGCACACCAAUUUUACUCACAAAAAUAAUGGAAGGCAUAAAAAAUUUUGUGACUACCGAAGACGGGGUAAAGUUCAGUGAACCGGCGAUGCCCCUAUGUGACGCGAUGCCGGCGGACUUGGGACCUGUUUCCGUGAACAAAACGGAGAUUGAGCUGGAUUGGGUGGAGAAGAAAUAUCCUCAAGUACAUAGAGGAGGACGCUACUCCCCACCCAAUUGCACGGCCAGGCAUAAGGUGGCCAUAAUUGUGCCAUACAGGGAUCGCCAACAACAUUUGGCGAUUUUCCUGAACCACAUGCAUCCUUUUUUAAUGAAACAACAAAUUGAGUAUGGAAUUUUUAUCGUCGAACAAGAAGGUUCAAGUGACUUCAAUCGAGCAAAACUGAUGAAUGUGGGCUUCGCCGAGAGUCAAAAGCAGAAGGCUGGAGGCUGGCAAUGUUUCAUCUUUCACGAUAUCGAUUUGUUACCUCUAGACUCAAGAAAUCUAUACUCAUGUCCUAAGCAGCCGAGACACAUGUCAGCAUCUAUAGAUAAACUACACUUUAAGUUGCCAUAUGAAGAUAUUUUCGGCGGUGUGUCAGCAAUGACCUUGGAACAGUUUACCAAGGUUAACGGCUUCUCAAAUAAAUACUGGGGGUGGGGUGGCGAAGAUGACGACAUGUUCUACAGAAUAAAGAAGAUGAACUACCACAUAGCGAGGUACAAGAUGUCAAUAGCUCGUUAUGCGAUGCUGGAUCAUAAGAAAUCUGCGCCAAAUCCUAAGAGGUACCAACUGUUAUCGCAGACCAGCAAAACAUUCCAGAAAGACGGCUUAUCAACUUUAGAAUAUGAUGUAGUGCAGAUAGUACAACAUCAUCUAUAUACACACGUUUUAGCCAAUGUAGACGAACGUAGCUGACGAACAUAUUUCGCCAAGCUACUGUUUGGCGAUUCACGAUAACACCUAUCAACGAUAUCUCCUAAACACGCGGGAAUAUACGAAGUAGUCCAUAACAACAGCAACCGUACAUUUAGUUCUCCACGCCAAGAUUUCGCCGCCUCAGUUGAAGAAUGUUUUGUCUCGCUUUUUUAACAUGUCAAUGAUAAAGAUGUCACAGUCGAUUAGAUGUGUUUACAAAAUUGUCAGUAGAGAGAUGUUGUCAAUAUUGCGAAGGGAACUGUUUAAAGGUAUAGCAAAUUGAUAUUGUAAAUUUGUUGUUUAGUUUCAAAUGUCCUUGUGUAAACACAUUUAUACAACGAACUGUUCAUAGUAUUGGCGGAAAACAGUUUAGGGGUGUAGGACACGUAAAUUGACAGAUGCAAACAGUGCCUAGUACCCCAAUAGGGGUGGAUUUAUGCGCACGAGUUCGCCAAUUUAAGUGUCAGAUACUAUUAAUGUGAUUUAAAUGUAAAAAUGUACUCAAGAUAGCUACUAGAUUUAAUGAAAUUAUUUGUGAUUCUCAUUUGUUUUUCUAAAAUGUCCAAAUAUGUUUUUGCAUUGUAAAUGCUUAGAUAGAAUUCUUAACUACAUAUGGAAAAGAUGAAUUGUAUCCUGUGGGCGUAUAUAUUCGAAUGAUAUGUGAAAACGAUGGACUUGUCAAUAUCAAUAGAAUAGAUAUCAUGUUACAUCCAUUUUAUACUUAAAUGUGUUAAAGGGCCUACACUGUGUAUCUUCGAUAUUUUUGGUUUAAGUCGGGUUCAAGAUACAGGAGAUUAAACGUCUGGGAGUACUCUUAAUACUGGUGAUAGUAAUAUUACUCAAUCUACCACACCUUGGACAUCGGACAUCGGACCCAGCCUCGGCUAACUUUCUAGGUGCGCUUUUAACAUUGCCCGGUGAGGCAAAUUAUCAGGAAACCAGCAUGCUUAAAAGCAAAGGUCAACGACGUGAGUCAGGCACAGAAGGCUAAUCUAAGUAGAAUCUAGGCAAGUGCCUAUCCUAUAAAGUUUUUUGUAUGGUUUUUUAAGAGCAAUAUUGCAAAUUUAUUGUAAAUUGAUGAUAUACAACAAAUUUCUUUCGUUUACAAAUUUAAACUUGUCUAGAAAAAUAAGAGAGAAAAAAAACUUUAUAACACAAUAAAAAGGGAAAGAAAAUGCUCUAGUCCCCACUCUAGCAUUGUUUGUAGGCAACUAGUCAACUAACAAGAAUAUUCUCUUUUUCAGCAUAGUAAAAGUUCAGAUCUUGCUAAAGAGUGAAUAAAGUUUAGAAUCGAUAGUGAAAAUAGAUUAAGAUGAAACGGCUUCUGAAAUAGACGUUUUUUCUUUCGUUGGGUGAAGCUUCGUGUCGGGUAAGUUAGCGUUGCGGUGUGCUGGUGCCACAAUUAUAUGCCAUCUACAGUAUAUAAGCUACUCUCCAGGUCAAGUUAAAUUAUUUUUAGUGAGAAAAUCAUAGUUACCAUUGAUAUAUAAGGAAUCUCAAUAAAAUAUUUAAAUUAGUGGACAAACAAAACAAAUGUUACUAUUUUAGACAGAAAAGUUUUCGUAAGUAUUAUUCGAAUCUCGCGUUUCGUUUAUAGUAAUUUUUUUUCGGAUUCGACUCGCCGUCCUUAACUAUAAAUGUACUUACAUCAAAUCCAUGAAAUUAAUAUCGAAGAUUACACUUAUAUAGAUAUAGUUGUUGUAACUUAGGUGUUUUAGUGUCGAUGCUUAAUUAAGACUCCCGUAGUGCGUUGAUAAACGGGUGUCCUACUUAGCUAGACUAGAAUCUUUAUGUAAGGAAAUAUAAUCUGUAUAAUUUUUAUUAGCUUGUUUUAUUUUUUUAUGGUUUAUUUCGAGGUGUGGACAAUAACACAUUCUAUUUAUUUCUCGUUGAUAAUUAUAAAAAUAAAAUUAUGAAAUAGCUUGUUAUUUUAGCUUUUUAUUGGUUCUGUAAUAAAUUUUGGGUUUAAUAUAUACAUACAUUUGGCCUAACAUUUUAUUCAUAUAAACUAUUUUUGCUACUAUUUUGCCCAAAACCUGUGUAAUAUUUUAAUGAUUAUCUGUGUUUUUUUAGAGAAAUGAUUUUUUUUAUGCUUGCGCACUGUAAAACUUCAAUUACAAUUCCAAAAAUAAAUAUAUCCACAUGAUUUAGUAUGCCGCAUUGCAACUGAUGUUAAGAGAACAAACGAUUUUUGUUCAGCUUAAUUAUUGGUAUUAUUUUCUUAUUACUCUUUGGAAUUUUAUAUUUGUUUUACAGAGUAGCCAUACUGGAUCUAAUCUACUAUAAUAUCUUAUUUUUACUUGUGAACUAUAAAAAAUGUAAGGAUUUUUAAAAGCGUACUUAUUUGUAAAUAGCUUUACUACUUUAAGAUAAGUAAGAGUAUCAAGUCGAGACUGAGAGCGAAAUCUGACUCCCGUAUGUCAAAUUUGACAUAUGUCAUACGCUAAGUGUCAGAUUCAGAAACGCGCGCAUUCUUGUUUCUGAAUGUUAUACUGUCUCGAUUCUGAAUCUCUAUAACAAUUAAUCUGUAACAUCUUAUUUUAUAACCCAGUUGUGAUAUGUGAGAUUUAGUAUAGUAUUAUUUUUCGUUGACAGUUAAAAGUCAAUUAUCGUAAAUGUAAUGUAUAAGAUUUUUUUUUGUAUAAAUAAUGCUACAUCUACAAUUUUUCGUCUAUGAAUUAAAUAUAAAUAUUAUGAAUUAAAUUAAAUAUAUGAAACACAAACAUUCUCCUUUACACCCUGGUACAAACCUCCCAACUCGUUUAGUUUUCGUUUCGUUUCCAUCAUUGGCAUUGAGAGUGACCAUGGGCGGUGGUAUCACUUAACAUCAGGUGAGCCUCCUGCCCGUCUGCCCCUGUUCUAUAAAAAAAAAUACUAAACUUUUCGAGUAAGAUUUAAAAACUUUUCUUUUUUCUAUCACAUAUAGUCUCGACUCUAAAUUUUACCCAAAGUUAGCGAAUUUGAUGCCUGUGUGUAACGAAUUGUAGAUAUAGCAUUUUCUCUAAGAAUUAUUAAUCGCAAUCGAACAAGAUCUAAAUAGAACUCGAAUCUACUUAUUUACGUGCAUUUCUGUAUUCUUAAAUAUAUUAUUUGUUUGAA